AUGGAAUCUGUUAUGACAUCGAACAUUUUAAAACCAGAUAUAAUAGCACUGGGAUCACUUGUCUUGGGAGCAUCCAUUCCAGAAGAGGUAACGGCAAAAAUAGGUUUGAAGCCCUUGAAAAGUAAAUACAAUGUUUCGGGAACAUCCAUUGCUUGCCCUCAUGUUGCCGGACUCGCGGCUCUACUAAAAGCCGCACUUCCAGAAUGGAGCAUUACAGCUCUAUUAAGUCUGCCAUUAUCACCACUUCUAAUGUUUUGGACAAUACACUCACCAAUUCAACCCCAUGGGAACUAUUGUAAAUAUGCUUCCCCUCUUGACAUGAGAGCAGGUCACAUUAAUCCAAAUAAAGCACUUGAUCCCGGAUUGAUUUAUAACGCGACAGUGCAAGAUUAUGUAAAUCUAUUAUGCUCCUUGAAUCAUACUCAUCGUCAAAUCUUGAAUAUCACAUCAUCAAAAAUCUAUAAUUGCUCCAACCCAUCGUCGGAUUUUAAUUUUCCAUCAUUCUUUUUUACAUAUAAUGAUACCACAUCCGUUGUUACAAAAAAGUUUCAAAGGAUUGUAACCAACGUUGGGAAGGGACCAACCACUUACAUGGUUACUGUGACAGCUCCUCUUGGUUCUGUUGUUAAGAGUAUCACCAGAGAUACUAGUGUUCGAAAGGAAGUAUGCGACACAAUCCUAUAA